AUGUUGCGAAGCAGGCUAUUAGCCCCUAGACCUGGGCCUGGCCUUGCUCAUCGAGGCUUUUGCCAAUUCCGACUGCCUGGAACUGUACGGCCGGCACGUUUUGAGACAUCAUUAGUUCCUAUGAAUGAGGUGGCUGAGAGAUUGGCAUUCUUUGCAAUAGCUGUGAACAUGGUGGCUUACCUCGUACGUGAAAUGCAUCAAACUCUGCCAAAUGCUGCCACUCAUGUUACUGAUUGGAUUGGAGCAGCCUAUGUUCUUACAUUACUGGGAGCUUUUCUUGCUGAUGCUUACUUGGGCCGAUUCCGAACCAUCAUUGUUUUCUCUUGCAUAUAUUCGGUGGGAAUGGUACUGUUGACACUUUCAGCAUCCAUAGACAGCCUCCACCCCCCAAAAUGCACCAAGAAACCAUGCAACCCAGCAACCACUUCCCAAACAGCUUUCCUCUACUGUGCACUGGCUCUUAUAGCCCUCGGCACGGGCGGCAUCAAGCCAUGCGUCUCCUGCUUCGGGGCAGACCAGUUCGACAUAUCGGAUGAGAAGGAAGUUGUAAAGAAAUAUGCAUUUUUCAACUGGUUUUUCUUUGCCAUUAACAUGGGAGCCCUUUUGGGCAUAACCCUUUUGGUAUACAUACAAGUUCAGUUUGGAUGGACAUGGGGAUUUGCAAUUCCAACAGUGGCAAUGUUUUGUUCAGUUCUUAUAUUGGCUGCUGGUUAUCCUAAGUAUCGAUACCAGGAGCCGACAGGAAGUGCUUUUACUAGGUUCUUCCAAGUUAUUGUAGCUUCUUUGAGGAAUCAUUACAAAGGAGUUGAAGUGGGACAUGGGGGUGAUCUUUAUGAGGUUAGCACUAGAGAAUCUGAUAUUUUUGGUGCUCGAAAGCUUGCUCAUACUGAACAAUACAGGUUUCUUGAUAAAGCGGCUAUUUUAAGAGACAUAGAAGGCAACAGAAAGAACCGCUGGAGGCUAUGUACUGUGACACAAGUGGAAGAAUUCAAAUCUUUCAUUAGAAUUUUACCUAUAUGGGUAUCAACCAUUGCUCUCUCCAUCUCUUUCGCGCAGCUCUCAACAUUUUUCUUAAGCCAGGCCGCCAGAAUGGACAGAAAACUCGGCCCCCACUUCGAAAUCCCAUCAGGAUCAGUCCCGGUUUUCAGCGUCAUCAACGCCCUAAUUCUAGUCCCCGUCUAUGAAAAACUCAUCGUCCCAUAUCUCCGUUCUAAAACAGGCCACCCUCGAGGAAUUACUUCUUUACAACGCAUGGGAGUUGGCCUAUUCGUAUCAGUAUUUGCCUUGUUAUCAGCCGCAUUCGUGGAAAAAAUGCGUCGAAAUCAUUCCAACCCUUCAAGUUUGAGUGUUUUCUGGUUGUUUCCUCAGUGUUUUCUUAUAGGGACAGCAGAAGUGUUCACCUAUGUAGGGCAGCUGGAAUUUUUCUACGACGAGUCGACAGACGGAACACGAAGCAUUAGCAGUGCAUUGUUCUUAAGUGAAAUAGGGAUUGGGAGCUGGCUAAGUACCGCCAUUGUUAAGAUUAUUGAAGCUGCAACAGGUGGUGACGAAAAAGGGUGGCUUAGGGAUGAUCUUAACAAAAGUAAACUUGAAUAUUUCUACUGGAUUUUGACAGGGAUUAAUGGAGUUAAUUUCUUGGUUUAUUUAUUGGUUGCAUGCAUAUUCAAGGGAAGAAAUGGUGGAAGUGUAAGGGAUGAAUCUGCUGUGGAGUUGCAAGGUGAGAGCCUGCAGAACGAUGACAAGAGGGAUAUGUAAAA